AUGGCAAACGCUUCUCUACUUAACGACAGUAGUCUGAAAACAAGACCAGUUUCAAGACUACUCUCACUAGCUAAAAAAAGGCACGAGAAAUAUUCAUUUGAAACUGAAGCUGAAACUUCAAAAUCAGAUGUCAAGUUCUCGGACAAAGUGACUUCAACACAGUCACAGUUUACAUUCGAAAAUGAACCACUUCUGGAGUCAAAAGCAGAUGUAAAGUCAAGUGAUAAGCUCGUGGAAAAGGAAGGAUCACAAGUUUACGAAAACGUCCCCAACUCCACGUCAGCUGACUUCAAAUCUUAUGACUCGGUUGUUGAAAGACCAGGAGAUUAUUUGUUCGAAAACGCUCCAAAGGUUUCAUCAAAGGCGGACUUUAAGUGCGGUGAUGCAGUUUCUGAAACAUCUGGAGAGUAUCUGUUCGAAAACCAGCCCCAGCUGUCAACGGCCAACGUCAGAUCAUCAGACAGAUUGUAUGAAACGGUUGAAAAUCUAGUAUUUGAAAACCAACCUCAAUUAUCCAAGGCGCACGUUAGGUCUUCAGAUCAACUAGAAGAAAAAAAAGAAUCCCAAGUCUUUGAAAAUGUGCCAGAAGAGUCGACUGCUAAUGUAAGAUCCUCAGAACAACUAGAGGAGAAAAAGGAGUCACAAGUUUUCGAAAAUGUGCCAGAGGUUUCUAGAGCAAACGCUAGGUCUUCCGACCAGGUAGAGGAGAAAGGUGAGUCACAGGUGUUUGAAAAUCAACCUGAACUAUCUAAGGCACAUGCCAGAUCAUCUGAGCAGUUGGAAGAAAAGACACAAUCACAAGUCUUUGAAAAUGUACCGGAGGAAUCUACGGCCAAUGCAAGAUCCUCUGACCAAUUGAACGGAAGCAAAGAGUCACAAGUUUUCGAAAACGUACCAGACGAGGUCUCAAAAGCAGACGUGACAUCAUACGAUCCUUCACCUGAUCUUUCAAAAUCACAGACGGUGUUCGAAUGCCAGAGGAGCACAGUAAGUACUGCAGAUUUCAGCGCAUUCAAGCCAGUGGAGCCCAAAUCGCAGUGCGUCACAACAUUUGAGGCUCAAACAUCUCAACACAGCAAUGCAGAUGUUGUAUACAACAAGUUCGAUACCCCAAUGAAGGAACUCUCAGAAACCAUGAGCAAAUGUAGACUCGAUGAGUAA